AUGAAAACAUCCAAACUGACUUGGACGACCAUUCACGAACCACCACCUCUCAAAAACGACUGGAAAGAAUAUGUUGUCCAUUCAUCGAGAUUCAUUCGAUUAAAUACCGCCACAUCGGAUCCCAAAAUGAUUCUCAAGAUGUCCUUUUCUCCUUCAAAAAAGAAUAUCAAAUUUAUGAUUUAUGUAUCCUCCAAAACAUGGGAUGCCUCGAGAAGCUCAUCAUGGUUUAGCAAUGUGGAAAGUUUUGAAUUGUUGAGUAGAGAAGAACGAACGUUUUUUCAGCAAUGCAGCAAACUGAAUUGUCUCUCAAAAUUUCCACAUUGUGGAGACUUUCAUGUCAAAAUGCGAAAUGGUGAAAAGACUGGCUUCAUCAUUAGCAGCGAGAGAUGGGAGAGUUUUCCACCCAAAUUUAGAUUUAUUUGUGUACCAUAUGAAUCAGUAAAUGGUAAAAAACACAUUUUAGAGGAAUAUAUUACCAUCACACAAGAUGACAUUGAAAGACCAAAAUAUUCUCUCCAACAAUUUGGCCUUCAAAACAAGAAAGAUCCUUCUAUUGAGCUGUACUACCUGAUGAACGUCAUAAGGUAUCAUUAUGAGAAUGGAACACAACAUGACAAAAAAGCCAUUGAAGAAUCUGUGGUGAAUGCCCUAAGUUUACAAACCUUAGAAACCUGUUAUCAAGGAUUUUUUGAAGAUUUAAAGGAAAUAGAGGAAGAUCGCAAAUAA